AUGGGUGUAAGUAAAUUAGAUGUCUUGUACAGGAAGCUUCUCCUCACCAAACUUUUCAUCAGAGGAUGGGGAAAGCCAGAGGAUCUGAAAAGAAUAUUUGAAUUCAGAAAGAUUAUUGGAAACAGGGAAAAAUGCCAGACUCUGGUUUCGAAAGAUUACCCAGUGUUCAUUGACAAGGUUGAGCAGCAAUCCGAUUGUAAAAUCCUUGAGGGGCACUUCCUUUCCCCAUUGGCUCAUUAUGUGCCAGGUGUCCUGCCAGUUGAAUCUCUUGUAGCAAGAUUCCAGUUCAUCAUACCCAGAAGGUGGAAUAGCAAGCACAGACCAGUGUGCAUUCAUUUAGCAGGCACUGGAGAUCAUCACUUCUGGAGGAGACGCACGUUAAUGGCACGCCCCAUGAUUAAAGAAGCCUGUAUGGCUUCCCUAUUGCUAGAAAAUCCUUACUAUGGCUGUAGAAAACCUAAGGAUCAAUUACGGUCAUGUUUAAAAAAUGUCUCGGACCUGUUUGUGAUGGGAGGAGCUCUUGUUCUAGAGUCUGCAGCUCUUUUGCACUGGCUAGAGAGAGAAGGCUAUGGACCACUAGGGAUGACUGGAAUAUCCAUGGGAGGACAUAUGGCUUCACUGGCAGUGACAAACUGGCCUAAACCAUUGCCCUUGAUCCCAUGUCUUUCCUGGUCAACAGCUUCCGCAGUCUUUACUACGGGUGUGUUGAGCAAGGCAGUGAACUGGAGAGAACUAGAGAAACAGUAUUUUACAGAAACUGUUUAUGAAGAAGAAAUCAUUCAAAUGCUUGAAUACUGUGGAACGGAUUCUUUCAAGAUGGGACAAGACUUUGUUAAAAACUUCCCUGAAAGUGUGGACAGUCUGGAGGAUGUGGACAUGACUUCCAGAAUGUUUGGCCUUGAUUGCUCAAACAACACUGUAUCUAGAGAAGCUGUGCACAGCUUUACCACAAAUAAAAGUACUCUAAGUGCCUCAUCAGAAAGACUCUUAACACAAGAUGCUCCUAAAAUGCAGUGCAUAAAUCAAACAUUUUCAACGAGUAGCAACAGCAAUAAAAACUUCAGCAGCCCACAAGGACACAGGAUGAAUAAAAGAAGAAAGAGUGACACUUUGCAGAGAGAAUCCUUAAGGUUCAUGAAAGGAGUAAUGGAUGAAUGUACCCAUGUAGCUAACUUUUCAGUCCCAGUGGACCCCAGUCUCAUCAUUGUUGUGCAGGCGAAGGAGGACGCGUACAUUCCUCGGACCGGGGUGCGCAGUCUGCAGGAGAUCUGGCCCGGCUGUGAAGUCAGGUACCUGGAUGGAGGUCAUAUCAGUGCCUACCUCUUCAAACAAGGACUCUUUAGACAAGCGAUUUACGAUGCAUUUGACCGCUUCCUUCAGAAAUAUGCAGUUUAA